AUGGUCAGCCGAUUUGAACACCCAGCUGGCGGCUACAAGAAGAUGUUUGAGACAUGCGAGGAGCUGGCUGAGCCGAUUCCAGCGACAAUCAUAGGCAGGAUUCCUUCCUUUCUGAGGGGAAGUCUUCUCCGUUUAGGACCGGGCCUUUUUGAGGUUGGAGAUGAACCCUUCUAUCACCUCUUCGAUGGCCAGGCCCUCAUGCACAAAUUCGACUUCAAGAACGGCCAGGUCACCUACUACCGAAAGUUUGUCAAAACCGAUGCCUACGUGAGAGCCAUCACAGAGAAACGCGUGGUGAUCACGGAGUUCGGCACCUUCGCGUACCCCGAUCCCUGCAAAAACAUCUUCUCCAGGUUUUUCUCUUACUUCAAGGGCGUCGAGGUCACGGACAACUGCCUGGUGAACGUUUUCCCUGUCGGCGAGGAUUUCUACGCCGUGACAGAAACCAACUUCAUCACCAAAGUAAACCCGGAUACCUUGGAGACGCUGAAGAAGGUGGACAUAUGUAACUACGUCAACAUUAACGGAAUGACGGCCCACCCUCACAUUGAGAAAGAUGGCACAGUGUAUAACAUCGGAAACUGCAUGGGGAAGGGAGCGUCGCUGGCCUACAACAUCGUCAAGAUUCCACCCACGCAGAAAGAUAAGUCCGAUCCCAUUGAGAAGACCAAGGUGGUGGUGCAGAUCCCCAGUGCUGAGAGGUUCAAGCCCUCCUAUGUGCACAGCUUCGGCAUGUCAGAGAACUACUUUGUCUUCGUGGAGACCCCGGUGAAGAUCAACCUGCUGAAGUUCCUGAGUGCCUGGAGCAUCCGAGGCUCCAACUACAUGGACUGUUUCGAGUCCAACGAGAACCAAGGGACCUUGUUCCACAUUGCCACCAAAGAACCCGGAGAGUACAUUGACCACAAGUACAAAGGGGCGGCCAUUGGCAUGUUUCAUCACAUCAACACCUACGAGGACGACGGCUUCAUUGUCGUCGACCUCUGUGGGUGGAAAGGUUUCGAGUUUGUUUACAACUACCUCUGGAUGGCCAACAUGAGGGCCAACUGGGAGGAGGUGAAGAAGGCGGCCAUGAUGGCGCCACAGCCGGAGGUCCGUCGAUAUGUUAUUCCCCUGGACAUCAACAAGGAGGAGCAGGGGAAGAACCUCGUCAGCCUGCCGUACACCACGGCCACGGCCACGAUGCACGCCGACGGGACCAUCUGGCUGGAGCCGGAGGUGCUCUUCUCCGGGCCUCGCCAAGCUUUCGAGUUCCCUCAGAUCAACUACCAAAAGUACGCAGGAAAGAAUUACACGUACGCCUACGGCCUGGGUCUCAACCAUUUCAUACCAGACAGGAUCGUCAAGUUGAACGUGAAGACCAAGGAGACCUGGGUGUGGCAAGAGCCAGACUCCUACCCCUCAGAGCCCCUGUUUGUUCAGACUCCCGAUGGGAUAGAUGAAGAUGACGGAGUGCUGCUGACCAUCGUGGUGGCUCCAGGCUCUCAGAGACCGGGGUUCCUCCUCAUCCUCAACGCCAAGGACCUGUCCGAGAUCGCCAGAGCGGAGGUGGAGUGCACCUUGCCCGUCACUUUUCACGGGAUGUACAAACCCUAA